UUCCCUCUCCCCGCUCUUCUCUAUGGUCUCUUCCUUCGGUGACGGGGAAAAAAGGGGUCCCGGCGCCUGCGCAGAACCGGACUGGGAGCCCGUCGCGGAGGGGGGCGGGGGGCAGGGAGCGGGAGCCGCCGCCGCCGCCGCCGCCGCCGCCGCCGGAGCUAACCGCAGGGACCGAGAUGCAGCUGCUGCCGCUCACCCCGUGUCUUCUGGCCGCUUCCCUCUUUGCCGCCCCUCCCCACAGGCUCCCCCUCUCCACCUGCUGGGGGCCAUCAUGAAUGGUGCCCCUUCCCCGGAGGACGGGGCCUCCCCCUCCCCUCCCCCUCUGCCCCCGCCCCCUCCUCCCAGUUGGCGGGAGUUCUGCGAGUCCCACGCCCGCGCCGCCGCCCUGGAUUUCGCCCGCCGUUUCCGCCUCUACCUGGCCUCCCACCCUCAGUACGCGGGGCCCGGGGCCGAGGCCGCCUUCUCCCGCCGUUUUGCCGAGCUCUUCCUGCAGCACUUUGAAGCCGAGGUGGCCCGGGCCUCCGGCUCCCUGUCGCCACCCAUCCUGGCUCCUCUGAGUCCUGGUGUGGAGCUCCCGCCACAGGACCUGUCCCUUGAGGGCUGCAGGGCGGGCGGGCCCCUGGCUGUGCUGGGCCCUUCUCGCUCAUCUGAGGACCUGGCCGGCCCCCUCCCUUCCUCGGUCUCUUCCUCUUCUACGACCUCCUCGAAGCCGAAGCUCAAGAAACGCUUCUCCCUCCGCUCCGUGGGUCGCUCCGUCCGCGGCUCGGUGCGCGGCAUCCUGCAGUGGCGGGGCACGGUUGACCCCCCGUCCCCGGCGGGGCCCCUCGAGACCUCCUCGGGCCCCCCCGUGUUAGGUGGCAACAGCAACUCCAACUCCUCCGGCGGGGCUGGGACCAUUGGUCGGGGACUGGUUAGUGACGGCCCGUCCCCCGGGGACAGAUGGACUCACCGCUUCGAGAGGCUGAGACUCAGUCGGGGCGGGGGGGCGGUGAAGGACGGAGGCGGCCUGGUGCAGAGGGAAGAGCUGCUGAGUUUCAUGGGGGCCGAAGAGGCAGCCCCUGAGCCAGCCGGAGUGGGCCGGGGAGGAGGGGCCGCGGGGCCGACCUCAGGGGGAGGAGGGCAGCCUCAGUGGCAGAAGUGUCGCUUACUGCUUCGAAGUGAAGGAGAAGGAGGAGGAGGAAGCCGUCUGGAGUUCUUUGUCCCACCCAAGGCGUCUCGGCCUCGCCUCAGCAUUCCCUGCUCCACCAUCACCGACGUGCGGACCACCACUGCCCUGGAGAUGCCUGACCGGGAGAACACGUUUGUGGUUAAGGUGGAAGGCCCCUCGGAGUAUAUCCUGGAGACAGCUGACGCCCUGCACGUGAAGGCCUGGGUGUCUGACAUCCAAGAAUGCCUGAGCCCAGGGCCCUGCCCUGCAACCAGUCCCCGCCCCAUGACCCUCCCCCUGGCCCCCGGGACCUCAUUUCUGACAAGGGAGAACACAGACAGCCUGGAGCUGCCCUGCCUGAAUCACCACUCAGAGAAUCUGCCCAGCCAGGGGCUGCUGCUGGGGCCCAGCGAGAGCAGCGACCGCCUGUCGCAGGGGGCGUACGGGGGCCUCUCAGACCGCCCCUCGGCAUCCAUCUCCCCCAGUUCCACCUCCAUCGCCGCCUCCCAUUUUGAUUCAAUGGAACUGCUUCCCCCAGAGUUGCCCCCCCUCCCCAUUGAAGAGGGACCCCCAGCAGGGACGGUUCAUCCCCUCUUGGCCCCCUACCCACCCCUGGACACUCCGGAAACAGCCACAGGGUCAUUCCUGUUCCAGGGGGAGCCAGAGGGAGGCGAGGGGGACCAGCCCCUCUCAGGGUAUCCUUGGUUCCACGGGAUGCUCUCUCGACUCAAGGCCGCACAGCUAGUGUUGGCUGGAGGCACCGGCUCCCACGGUGUUUUCCUGGUACGUCAGAGCGAGACGAGGCGGGGCGAAUAUGUCCUCACUUUCAACUUCCAGGGCAAGGCCAAGCACCUGCGUCUGUCGCUGAACGAGGAAGGUCAGUGUCGGGUCCAGCACCUGUGGUUCCAGUCCAUUUUCGAUAUGCUCGAGCAUUUCCGGAUGCACCCCAUCCCUCUGGAGUCUGGAGGCUCCAGUGACGUUGUCCUUGUCAGCUAUGUCGUGUCCUCCCAGCGACAGCAGGGCCGGGAGCAGGCUGGGAGCCAUGCAGGGGUGUGCGAGGGAGAUCGAUGCUACCCCGAUGCCUCCUCCACCCUCAUGCCCUUCGGAGCGAGUGACUGUGUAACCGAGCACCUCCCAUGACCCACCCCAGCCCCCUGAACCCCCUUCGUGGACAGAUCCCUCACAUCCUGGGGCAGAAGAGGCGUCGGGGGCGCCAGAAGUGGCGGCAGCAGCAGCCACCGCAGCCAAAGAGAGGCAAGAGAAAGAGAAAGCGGGCAGUGGAGGGGUCCAGGAAGAGCUGGUCCCCGUGGUUGAGCUGGUCCCCGUGGUUGAAUUGGAAGAGGCCAUAGCAUCAGGCGCGGAGGCCCAGGGAGGCGCUGAAUCUGGUGGGGCCCCGGGGGGGACCCUGAUGGUGCAGCUCCAGCAGUUACCACUAGGGGGCGAUGGAGAAGAAGGGGGCCAUCCCAGAGCCAUAAAUAACCAGUACUCCUUCGUGUGAGACACCCUCCCCCACCCUUUCUGCACUCUUCUUGCUCCCCAGCCCUCAGUUCCUGAGACUGGAGCUGUGCAGGGCCAUAGAGGAGCCGUAGGCAUCCCCUCCCCACAUGCUUCCUGACCCUUGACGGCCAAGGGCAAAUAUGUUGGUACAAAAAGGUUCAAGAGCCCUGAUAACUCCCCGGUUCAUACACUACAGGUGCCCCGGUCCCCUGGGCAGGGGAUUCAGGCUCCAUUACCUCCCCAAGGGGCUCUUAUGGUCAGCCCCACCCCUGGGGGCCAUUUCCCCAUAACCACCCCUCAGCCCAAGGAAGGGUGAGGGGGAAGGGCUGUCAGUUAUAUUAAGGUGGUUGUUGUUGUUGUUUUAAACAAAAUGGAGAAGCAUAAAUAAAUAAAAGGGUUUAUCUCAGUUCCA